AUGACCACCGUGGAGCAUUCGAAUUUAGAGCGAUAUCAAAGUAAGCUUGACCAAUUGGCCAAAUUUCUCCAAGCCCAUUGGGAUGUGAUCAAUGUGUGUAUGGUGGACUUCAUUACCCGGGAUGUGUUCGCAACUGUUUUGUGUGAAAGCGACCGCCGGGAAUUAGCCGCACUAAGUGAGAAUGACUUGAAAAAUUUGCCCGCCGAUUUCGUUCAGAAACCGACCCGUGAAGAAGGUGGAGAUUGUAGUGCCCAUGAUAAGUUGCCCAAAUUCAUUGCCGAUAUCCAAGCUCACACACUUGAAUCCUUGGGUGUCAUCGCAGAAGGCGAGACCUAUAUGCGAUCGCUAGGCUUGGUCGACAAUGUGUCACUUUUCGAGCAUUUCGACCGAAUCAUGGGCGACAAGAAGAUGCACGAGGUGCUCCGACUCAGCCAAGUGAUUGGUCAACUCGCGCAGAAUCUCGAUCUCCAAUGCCUGGCCGAUAUCGGGAGUGGCAAAGGCUAUCUUAGUAGCAUAUUAGCUGCGUUUUAUGAAUUCCAAAUCCUGGCUAUUGACGCCAAGGCUGGGAACACUUCUGGUGCCGAAAAGCGGGAUCGAAACCUCGAGCGGAAAUGGGAUGCCCUUCUACGUCGAGCCAAAAUCCGCUCAGAAGGUGAAGCUCCACCCAUGCGAAGUAAGCGCUGGAAGAAGCAUCUCCUCAAGAAGGCUGAAUCCGACAAUCUGGAAGCAGACGAGAUGAAUCCCUCGUCCUCCUUGACCCAACCCGAGACAAGCCGUCUGCAACACGUGACUCAAUUUGUUGACACAACCACGGAUCUAUCAAACAUGUUUGCGGAGAAAUUUGGCGAGUCAUCCACUUCCCGAUUCGGACUCAUCGGACUUCACACUUGCGGAGGAUUGGCCAGUCACUCAUUACGAGUGUUCGUGGCCAAAGAGGAUUGUCCGCUUUUGGUCAACGUGGGCUGCUGUUACCACCAUUUGGAUGAGGAGUUUUAUCGGAACGAGCACCUCACAGACGAGGAAAACGAUGGAUGCCAUCAGAAUGCGACAUUUCCUCUUUCCUCGACUUUAAGGUCGAUGAAUUUUCAACUGGGUCGUAAUGCCCGAAUGGUCGCGGCUCAGCCUAUGGAUAGAAUGGCUUCACACCGAGAGCUACCCACGCCUUCGUUGUUAUGGCGAGCCGUGCUUCAAUCUCUCCUCCUUGAAAGUCAUCCAAACUUGGGUUUCCAAGACCAGCAAGUGGGUCGGAUCGCCAAGAAGUCAAAGACUUUUCCUCAUUAUGCCAGAGCAGCUUGGGAAAAGUUGGCUUUGGGACCCUUUAAGUGGACAGAUGAGGAAAUGGAAAAGAUAUUUGAGGCUGAACAGAGAAAGUUUGGACAUGGCUUAAAUGCAUUCUACCAAUAUCGAAGUCUCUUCUCACCAUUGAUAGAGGGUUUGAUAUUAUUAGAUCGUUUGGUGUUCCUCCUCGAGCAGCCUGACGUCACGGAGGCCUCUUUGGUGAAGUUAUUCGAUCCGGUCAUCUCACCAAGAUGUUUUGCUCUGAUUGCCAAGAAAGCUGAGAGCAAUAAACAAAAACAGAUCUGAA